UUUUAAUGAAAAUAGUUCUAAUAGCAUUACUUAUUGGCUUAGCAUUUUCAUAAAAUUAAGCAUUAAGUGAAAUUUAAGAGAAUCCAAUACCAACAUUAGUUUAUGAAACAAAAAACGAAGAAUCACAAUAAAUUGAAUAACAUUAAUAAUUAUAAGGAUAUAUUGAUAUUGAUGGUCAUUUUGUAUCAAAUUAAGUUGGUAAUACUUAAAAUACAAUAUCUGAAGAUGCUACCUAAGCAAAUUAAGAAUAAAAUAAAAAUAACCAAAUGAGUUAAAGUGAUGAUUUGUAAGCUACUACAUAAGAAGGAUAAUAAUAAUAAUAAUUAGUUUCAACUGAUACUGAAUUUGAUCCAAUGCUUGAUAUGGAAAAUUCAAUGCCUUAUGAAUUCCCUGAAGAUUAAUAAGUUUAAGAAGAAUAGAAAGAUUAAGAUGAUGAUAAUCAUUAUUUAUCAGCUAGUUUAGAAUUGUAAUAAGCCAUAAUUAAAAUUUAGACCAAUUCGAAAUGCAAACUAAGUUUAUGAUUCAUUAGGAAACUAAAUUGAUUCAUAUGAUGGUAUGAAAACAUACUUGUAAUUAAUUUUAUAAAUUUAGAGCUCUUGAUAUAGCCGAAUAAGAUGAUAAUUAAGCAAACAUUAGUGUUUAAGAAAAAUAAGAAGAUUGUAUUGUGAUUUAUUCAAAAUGUGAUUUCUAAGGAGAAAGUUUACCUAUUUGUGAGUCUUUGAAGGAAGUUGAGUAAAAUUUAGCAAAAUUUUAGGGAUUUUUAAUAUGAUAUUAAGUCAAUUUAUUUACCUGAAGGAUAUUAAAUGACAAUAUAUUCAGAAGAGAAUUAUUAAGGAUAAUAAGUUACAUAUUAAGAGAGUCAAAAAUGUUUAACUAAAGCAAUUUCACUAGCUUAGCUUAGAGGGAGAUAGACAUCAUAAACUUAAAAUCAAGAUCCUAAUCAAAGUAUUUUAACAUCAAAUCUAAGAAGUAGAUAAUGAUCAUUA